AUGAAGCUGUCACAGGCGCUGCUUCUUACCUGCUCGUUGGCCACGACGGUGCUCGGUCUGCCUGACAAACUCGGAAAACGAUGGGGAGACAGCAAAUCCAAAGGAGGUGGCAAGUAUUUCUUCGAGGCCGGCGGCUCAGAGGCGCUGGGUCACUACGACGGCCGCUACUUCCAGGGCGAGGUUGAUUAUGACGCGCACCGUGUUGCGCUGCGGCACCUGAUUCGAAGUUACGUAUCAGUAUUCCGCGCCCUGGGUAUCGACACAUGGCUUGCGCACGGCACUCUGUUGGGAUGGUGGUGGAACGGGCAGAUCAUGCCAUGGGACUACGACCUCGACGUCCAAGUCACGGCCUCGACCCUCCAGUACCUUGGCGACCACUACAACCGGACCAUGCACGAGUACCGGUACGUCGACGAGUCAACCGGCGAGGAGAUGAGCAAGGUUUUGCUGCUGGACGUGAACCCGAACCAUGUCGAUCGGGUGCGCGGCAACGGCAUGAACGUCAUCGAUGCGCGGUGGAUCGACACGAGCAACGGCAUGUUCAUCGAUAUUACCGGCCUUGCGGAGCGGGACCCAGAGAAGGCGCCUGGUGUGUGGGCAUGCAAGAACAACCACCGUUACAAGACCACGGAGCUGUAUCCCAUGCGCGAGACCGAGUUCGAGGGUGUGCCCGCCACGGUGCCGUAUGCUUUCGACACGGUCCUGAUGAGCGAGUAUGGAAAGAAAAGUUUGGUAACAACAGAAUGGCAAGGCCACCAUUGGGAUCCUGAAGUCAAGGAAUGGGUUCUGCAACAGGGCUAG